AUGCGAUUUCCCGUAGCAGUGGAUCCAGUUAACGUGGAGGCGGUGAUAGCGUGGAGAAGGCCAAAGAAUGUAGGAGAGAUUCGUAGUUUCCUGGAAUUAGCAGGGUACUACCGACGUUUUAUUGAGGGGUUCUCACGGAUUGCAGCGCCGAUGACACAGUUGACUCGAAAGGAUGUUCUGUUUGUAUGGUCAGACGAGUGUGAGCAGGCUUUUCUGGAGUUAAAAACUCGACUCAUGUCGCCACCAGUAUUGGUGAUACCUGACAGAGAGGACAGAGUGGUUAAGUAUACUUCACCUCUACUGAAGCCGCAUGAGAGGAAUUAUCCGGUGCAUGAUUUGGAGUUAGUUGUUGUAGUGUCCACACUUAAGUAG